CAAUGGGCAAUAACAGGCAGGGACCAACCAAAACACACACAAACACACAUAUAAGUUAAAUAGAGGGGCAGCUACUUAGCCUGUAAAAGAUUCAAACUUGAAGUUGAAGAUUUAUCAGCAUAAAAAGCAACGCUUCUCUUCUUUUUUCUCUGCAAAAUUUACUCUUUUUUCUCACAUUUUUCCCUCAAAUUUCCUACAUACAAUUUCAUAAAAAAAAUGGAGUACUUUGAUCUUGAAGAUCCAUUCACAACCUUGAAACAACACCAAUUCGAUACAAUCUCAACCAUCUUCUCUUCAGAAUCUGAUCACAUGCCCUGUUUGAAUUACUUACAAUGUUUAACAACCUGUGAUUUCCAUGUUUCUUUCAGACAAGAAGCUAUGUCUCUCGUUUUCCAGGCACAGUAUUGUUGUAACCUUGAUCCAUAUACACCAUACCUUGCUGUUACUUACAUGGAUAGAUUCAUUUCCAAACAAGAAAUCCCUCAAGGUAAUCCAUGGGUUUUGAGACUACUUGUGAUAGCUUGUAUUUCGUUGGCUGCAAAGAUGAAGGACAUGCAUUUUUGUUACUCUAAUUUCCAGAGAGAAGAAGGGUUCAUCUUUGAUGCUUCAGCUAUUCAAAGAAUGGAGCUUUUGGUACUUGAUGCGUUAAAUUGGAGAAUGAGAACCAUAACACCCUUUUCCUUUAUUUGUUUCUUCAUAUCUUUGUUUGAAUUAAAAGAUCCACCAUUGAUACAAGCAUUGAAAGACAGAGCUACACAUAUAAUCUUCCAAGCUGGCAUUGAAACUAAUCUGUUGGAGUUUAAACCGUCAACCAUUGCAGCAUCAGCUUUACUUAUGGCUUCACAUGAACUACUCCCAUUGCAAUUCCCGUCUUUUAAAGCUUCAAUUUUGUGUUGUGAAUAUGUGAAUGAAGAGAAGCUGUUGAUAUGCUUUAAUGCCGUGAUGGAAAUGGUGACAAACAAAAUGGAUACUAUAUCAACUUCAAGCACGGUGACACCCAUUAGUGUUUUGGAUUGUCACUGCAACAAAUCAGAAACUGAGGUGUCUGAAAAGAAAGGCAUCAAACGACAUAAAUUGAUUGGUUUUUGCAGUGAAAGUAAAAGGGUGAAGAUGUCCCAUAUUCAACCAUGUGGAUAAAAGAAAAACCCCCAUUUUGUUUAAUGGGUUUUUUGGUUUUUAGAAGGUACAUGAACCACAAAACAUGGGUUUCAAAAUGUUACUGCUUGUUUGUGUUAAUGUCUUGUUGUUUUCUAGCAGAUAGGGAAUAGAGCAAUUGCUUAAUUCAAUAAGAUAUUUUGAGCUUCUUCUUUUUUA